GAUAUAAGCGAUAUUUGUAAACAUGCUAAAAUUUUGAGAAAACUUGGAGGUCAUGGGGAACGUGAUUGCAAAUUUACCAGCGGCUAAUACCGAGAAAAGUCAACGUCCUGUUACCUAUUCUUUCCUUCCCAAAACCAUGAUAGGAGGACCUUAUGGUUUGGGUGAUCCAGAUGACCAAACUUUAAGGGAUGUAGAACUAGAUGUAUGCAUACCUGACAUAUUAAGAGCAAGAGUCAACAAAGAAAGGUGUUAUGAAGAACAUGAAAUUGUCUCAGAUUGUGGCAGAAGAGAACAACUUAUGAUGCCAUUCAGGUGCCAGAAGGAGGCUCUCGUUUUUAAGAAGUGUUUAUAUAAAGCAUUUAAUGAUCCAGAAUUCAUAGAGAGUGGUAAGCAACAGUUUUUAGAUGAAAGAACAGAAUUUAGGCGAACUGGUAUACCAAAGAAAAGAAGAGUACAGAUGGCUGAAAGAGAGAAAAGAGUCCAUAGAAUAAUGGAAGAAUUAAAAGAAGCUGAGAGACUUGAACAAGAACAUUCCAAUCAUACUUCAUAGCGUUGUCAUGGUUACAAUAGUCAGGGCUAUCAAUGAGUUGUCAUGGUUACGAUAGUAACGGCUAUUCUAGAAAGAGUUAUACAGUUGUUGUGGAUGGGGAAGGAAUGUGUUGUGGAUGAAAAUGUGUGUGUGAUGAAGUUUUCUAAUGAGUCUUAAGAAAAAAAUAGAUUUCUUAUGUAUUGGUAUGGAUGGUUGGUGUGAGCAUAAGUGCAUUUCAUCCCUCUUAAACCAUUCUAGAGUUAUGCCCCUUUACAAAUGGAAAAAUUGCUGAAUUUUUCGUUUCUGUUCUCUAACUUGAGUUUUCUAGAAUAUCCUUUAAACUAUGGUGUCCUAAAUAUCAUUUUAUAAAUAUGGGUGUGUGUAUACCAGAAUGAAAUUGAACCUGACAGUGAUGGAUGAGAGGUUGAUUUUGUACUUUUAAUAAGUUGUCACUGUAAUGUUAACAGGGGAAAAGACAUGGAAAUUAAUUUACAGAGUGCAGCUCUCUUUAAAAUAUUUGUAUGUUUAUUGUUAGAUAAACUUGAUAUUUGGUGUACGCUGAAUUAUAUAUGUUUUGCGUUCAUAAUAUUGGUAAGUGUUAAAAUUUCUUUUAUACUGGAUAUUUGGUGUACCUUGAAUUAUAAAUGUUUUGCUGUCAUAAUCAUGAUAAGGAUGUUAUAAUUUGAGCUGCGUCGGAUAGAAAUCGACCUUAUGCAAGUUUCCGUAUACAGGUACAUGUUUAAGACUUUGAUUGAUUUUAAAACAUUCAAAUACGAAAUAAUUGAUGAAUUAUGGUCUGUUUUGUAGGGUUCUUUUUUCUUCUCAAUUUCAAACAGUUAAAGACUUUGCAUAGAGAUUUUUUCCAACCCGAAAUAAGCCUACAGAUGUAUUGAUAUUCAUUUACAUAAGGUCGAUAUCUAUCCGACGCAGCUCAUUUCUUUGUAUUUAAUGACUGUAUAUAUAAAAUUGAUUGUUGAUUAAUAAAUUAAGAAAACAA